AUGGCUCAAAACCUGCUUGAGCAACUUGAUAUGCUCCAUCUCACACUGUUACAACUCGAGGAUAUUAAUGACCAGUUGACCUUGACAUUACAAUCUAAACUUACCACUCUUGCCGACCAGGUCCCAAUUUUGAAAAGGCUCGCUUCGAUCUCCAACCUCGUGAAACAGGGUGCCGAUUUGCCCGUUCGACGAAUCAAUUACAACAUCAGAAAACUCUCCGAGGACUGCAAGCCAAGAUGGGAUGAGCUGUUGAAGUUGAAUUGCGAAACUAUUAUUUUCCUCACGAUAGCUUUUAACGGCUUGGGCUCUCUUCCCGAUGAGGAGUUUUCCUGGCUUGUUCAAAACAUUGAGAAUUAUGUCGAGAACCGAGCGUUUCCUUCUCAUUGGAUUCUACGGGACCAAAUUAGGAAAGUCGUGUCAAAAACUCAGAGGAAGAAUAAUACGAAGCCUUUCCUUGCAAAGUACAGUACAGAGGAAAUGAAGUGGUGUGAAAUUCCAGCUGUAUCUGCUGCAGAAAUCGUUUCAAUUCACUCAGUCUCGGGAGGUGAAGCUGGUCCAACUGGUAAGACUCUCUCGACUCUCCUGCACGGCUGGAAGCGGCAAAGAAGCUGA